AUGAGUCUUGGCGCGACUGGCGAAAAUGAGUUUCAGUACUACACAAUAGAGCGGAUUAUCCAAGGAUGUAUAAUAGGCGACAAAAAGGUGGGAAAAACAACGAUCAUCCGCAGAUUGUCCUGUUUGAUGAAUACUCUGAGCGGCGACAUACGCGACGACUCCAUUAACAAGGUUUCAGGCAUUUAUAGCUAUCAGGAGUUAUCCAUUGGGAUCCGCUUGUUUGACUACCCGCGCCUCGGGGCACUGGACUCCGAUGAAAUUUUUCAGCUCCUCACAGAUAUGCAAGGCGUCAUCUUUGUUUGUGAUAUCAAUGAUAAGGAGUCUAUAGCUACUGCAGCCAGGGGCGCUGAGUGCAUUCGCGCCAAGCGCCCAGAACUAGUUAUCUUACUGGUCUUCAACAAGGAUGACGGAGACUAUGAUCGCUUGGUUCCCACAAACGUCGAAUUGCAGGCCGUUGCCGCAAAGAGCGGAUCCAUCUGCCUACGCUGCAGUGCAAAAGAGAACUACAACAUGGAGGACCUCUUGUUCAAUUUUGUGGAUAACAUUGUGAAUCCCAAUCAGCAAUAUAUGAAGUUUUGUCUGGCCAAGUCCAUAAGUUUGACAAAACUUAAGACAGGGGAGUCCCAAAAGAAUAACGCACACGGGGACAAGAAAGGCUGCUCCGUGAUGUGA